AUGCUAGGGGAUGUUGCUCUCGUCGCUGCCGUGGCCCUGGGGGCAUAUAUCAACACCGUGCGGUGUGGAUUCGCAUUCGAUGAUCAGUUUGCAGUCGUGGACAAUCAAGACGUGUACGGGGACUCCCUGCCGAUCCAAGCUCUCCUGGACCACGACUUUUGGGGCCAGCCGAUAGUGCUCCAUGGAUCCCACAAGAGCUACCGCCCGCUCUCGGUGCUAGCGCUUCGCGGCGUUCGGAAGAUCCUAACGCCUCUGUUGCGGCCGCUCCUGGGCUUCGUCAAGUACCACGACAUGGACGACUUGACUCAGCGGGCCAUCACCGAGCGCGGAUUGCACCCGCUCCCGUUCCACGUUGCCAACAUAUUCCUGCACGCCCUCGUCAGCGUCCUCGUCCUCUUCCUCGCACGGCAGUUCCGCAGCUACCUCCGAUUCAACGACAGAUCGUUGCAAGUCCGCCAGGGCACCGCGAACGGCUCCGCCAGCGCCGGCCACACCACCAACAACGGCGAAGCCGCGAUCGCACAGGCACGGGCCGUCACGCGGUGGGUGGCGGCGGCGGCCCGCACCGCCAGCCGCUGGCACGUCGUCGCGGCGCUGCUCUUCGCGGUCCACCCGAUCCACACCGAGGCCGUCGCGGGCGUUGUCGGCAUGGCGGACCUGCUGUCAGGCGCACUUGCCAUCGGCGCGAUUCUGUCCUACGCGUGGGGCAUCGUGCUGCCGCUCGCGCCGCAGAGCAUCUCGGUGAACGUGAGCGUCCUGCGGCUGGUCACGCCGCUCGCGGUGCUGCGGCAGCUGCUCGGCGUGAUGCUCGCCGGCGCGUUGUCGCUGUUGGCGGCCCUGUCGAAGGAGACCGGGAUCACGGCGGUGCUCGCGUGCGCGCUGCUGGACAUCGCGCUCGCAGACGGGGUGCUCGUGUACGCGCCGCCGCCGGAGCAGCCGCCCGCGCCGCCGAAAGCGAAGGGCAGCGAGUCUGCAGCAGGGGGGGGUCAGACCGCGAGUCAGACCAAGGAGGGCGCGGCGCCGGACCAGCGGCGGCGCUUCUUCUCCAUGCCCGUGGUGUCGCAGGUCGAGACGCCGUGGCAAGAGACCUUCGUGACGGCCCCAGAAGGCUUCAUGGGUAUUCGUCGCGGAACAAAGAUCCUCUCGAUUGGUCUGAAGCCCGGCGCGGCGUCGCAGAAGCGCAAGCCCCCGACGCAGGAGGAGCUCGACCGCGCGACCAAGCGCCACGAGGCCAUUCUGCGGAGGGAGGCGGCGGCCGACGCGACGGCGUGCUGGCGGCGGGCGGACGUCACGUCCGGGGAGGUGCUCGUGCUGCUCGUGCUGCGCGCUCUCCGUCUGACAGCGCUGGCGCUCGUGGCGCUGCUCUAUCUGUUCGCGCGGCGCGUCGUCUCGGCGGGGGACCACCUCGUGCGUCUGUCGCGCCGCGUGGAGAACCCGCUCGCGUUCACCCCGGACCUGCUGUCGCGCGUGGCGGGCAAGAUCGCGGUGCACGCGCGGUACGCCAUGCAUCUCUUCGCCAACCCCAACCAACUCUCCGCGGACUGGUCCUUCGACUGCAUCUCGCUUCCGCGCGCGACGCGCGGCCUCAAGGAGUUCGCAACGCACCCGCUGCUCCUCCUCGGCCUCCUCCUGUACGGCGUCCUCGUCGCGGCCGUCGUGCACGCGUCGCCGCUCACCGCGCUACAGAACCUGCUCUCGUGGGGCCGCAUCGCGCUCGGACUGCCCCGGAGCGGGCCCGCCAGACGCGUCAAGUCCACGUGGACCAGCCACGCCGAACACCUCUUCGUGGUCUUCCUCCUGUGGGGGGGGGUCGUCGUGCCGUUUCUACCCGCGGCGCACAUCUUCUUCUUCCCGGGCACCCUCGUCGCGGAGCGCCUGCUGUACCUCCCGAGCCUCGGCUUCUGCAUUCUGCUUGCGAUGCAGAUCUCGAUGCCCUGGCGCAGCGAGGCCGACGCGCCCGCGGGGCCCUCGCGCGAGCCCAGGCGCGACGCCCUGAGCAAGCGGCUGGCUCCGUGGCUGCGCGCGUCGUCCGUGACGGUCCUCUUCGGCGCGCUCCUGCUCCUCACGAUGCACACGGUGUCGCGCAACGGCGACUGGGUCGACGAAGAGAGGCUCUUCCUCGCCGCCGAGCGCGUCUGCCCCAGGUCUGCAAAAGUGCAACUCAACUUGGCAAUCAUCGAUCGGCGGUACUCGCGACACGAGAAGGCCAUCGAGCGCCUCACGACGGCGCAGGAGAUCGACCCGACCUACUGCGACCCGGACUACCUCCGCGGGUCGUCCCUCCUCAUGCUCGGGGAAACUUCCGAGGCCAUCGUGGCCCUGAAACGGGGUAUGAACUGCACCCACUUCGCGCACCAGUCGCUGUCGGCGCUGCUGCAGAUCGCGGCCGCGGGGACCACGGAGGGCACGUGGCAGAGCGCGCAGGUCCACGGCCUCCUCGCCGACGUGUACGGGCAGCCAGCCGCCAGCCGGUACGUGCUGGCGUGCCGGCACAGCGCGCAGGCGGCGACGGGGCUGCUCGAGGGGGUCGCGCGCGUGAUCGAGGAGGUGAACGGGCCGAUGCUGAAGCUGCUGCGCGCCGUUGGGGCGGAGCUGCGGCGCGGCGGGAAGGGGGGGAGUGAGAGGGGGGGUCUCGUGGAGCUGACGCGGUUGUUCGAGGAGUCGAUCGCGGCGCGCGGGGGGGCUCCCGAGGAAGGCUGGGGCCCGCUGGAGGGGAUGGAGAUGGAGGCGGCGGCGCUGGCGACGUGGUGGGAUGGCGCGACCCAGGCGGCGCGGGAGGCGGCGGCGGCGGUGGAGCGGGUCCUGACGCAGUGCGAGGGUUGGAUGGCGGGCCCCGCGCGGGGCACGGUGAUCGCGCGGCGGCCGGGGCGGGACGCGCUGUCUGAGACGGCGAGCUUGGGCGACGUGGUCGGCAGCUCCCUGAACAACACGGGACUGGCCGUGUACGGGGCCUGCGCGCGUCACGUGGCUCGUGCGCUGGCCAGCGCCGCCCGCGCCAUGCCCGCCGACGCCCUCGAGGCCGCCCUCGCCGGCAAACUCCACCGCCACGUGCUCCUCAAGUCUCCCCGGGUUCAAAGGGAGGUCGCGGCCUACUUGGCGACCAAGGGCGGCCGCUGCCGCGCCCUCGUGGUCGACGACGACGCCUCCGUGGCUCUCGACGCCCUGGUGCCGCCCUGGACGCCCGCAAAGUCGAUCCGUACGCUCCCGCCCACGCGGCCGACGGACGCCCUGCGCCCGUACUCGCUGUUCGACGCCCUCGACAUCGUCAAGAAGUACGGGGCGUCGUGGAAGAUGCGGGGGGAGUCUGGAGCGAACCUGACUCAUGGGGAGCGCCUGACGCAGUCGUUCGCCCGCCGCUGGCUCCGCUGGAUAUGGGCCUGCGUCAAAAUGCCCUGGGACCUCGCCGUGAGUACGACCGAGGCUGCGCAGAUGCAGCGUCGCGCCAACUCCUGGCGCGCGGUCCUCGCGCAGCCGUGGUACGCCGCCAUGUCCCAGAAUAGAACCAGCCAGCACCCACAUGCCAUCCUGGUCAACCUCUUCCAGUCCGCGGACCCAUCAUCGCCCUUGCUCCAGCGCGAGUGGGGCCUCACGCUCGCCGCAGCGGACCGCAUGUCCGAGGCGGCGCGGCACUUGCGCGCUGCAGCGAUCCUCUACGCCGACGCCAGCUGGCGCGCACUGGAGGCGGCGGGCGUGCUCCAGCUCGCGAACGGCGUCGAAAAGGAGCUGCACACCGCAGCGGACAUCCUCGCGGCCCUGCCCGCCAGCGAAGGCGGCCCCAUGCCGGCAACAGCGGGCGCUGUGUCCACGGGGCUGCCUUCCGUGGUGCCGGGGCAGGUCGGCCGCGAGGCGAGCGUGGCUGAGACGCUGUCGCUGUCGAUGGAAACGAUGCUCCAGUCGCUCCUGUGCGAGGCUGGGCGCCGCGUGGGCGCGUACGGGGGCUUCCUGCCCCUCAAGAUGCCGCGCAUCGUUGCGCUGGCGAAGUUCGCGGUGACCUCGGUGCAGACGAGCGAGGAGCAAACGUCCACCGAGGUGGGGAUGCGCGUGCGCGCGAUGCGGGCGGGGGUUUGCACACUUGCUCACGAGGCGGGUGCUGCGGCGGAGACGCUGGACCGGCUCGGCGGGGGGAGCCCCGACACGCGAGUGGUGCAGGAGACGUUCGGAACGGGCUCGGAGGUGGUCGAGCGGUGCGCGGACGCGGUCAGCUGA